AUGCUGAACAUGAGCGAAUUCUGCCCGGAAGCGCUUUUCGCCAAGUACCCCGAGGGAUGCGUUGAGACCAGCCCGGAGACUUUGCGACCAGGGAGAGACCCCUCCCUCGCUGGCUUCCCAGGAGGUGACUUCCUGAGCUCUGCGCUGAGUGGUACUUGUGACACCUCAGAUUAUUUCUUUCUGGAGGGUCCCUCUCCCCCACCCCAGCCUGGCCUCAGUUAUACUGGCAGCUUCUUCAUCCAGGCCAUUCCCGAGCACCCACACGACCAGGAGGCCCUGUUCAACCUCAUGUCGGGGAUCCUCGGCCUGGCUCCUUUCCCUGGGCCGGACGGGGCUGUCCCUCGGGCUCCGCUGGACGCGCUGUACGCUACUAGCCCGGACACCUCACUGGCUGGGCCCUUGGACCUCUUCCCGCCUGACCUGGGCUCCGCCACCCCCUUUCCGGAGACGCCGUGGGAGACCUCACCGACUGCGGGCGCCUCCCCGCAGUGCCUCUAUGAGCCUCAGCCGUCCCCACCCGACGUCAAGCCGGGCCUCCGAGCCCCUCCUGUCUCGCCCGCCCUAGACGCCGCUCCGGCCUUCAAAGCCCCCUACGGGCCUUGGGACCUCUUGUCGGCAGGUACUCCCAGCUAUCUGCCCCAGGGAGGCUAUCAGCCUAGCCCCGAGGCUGGCUUCCCCCCGCUGGGCUCCAAGAUAGAGGAUCUGCUGCAAAUCAGCUGUCCCGCGGAGCUGCCAGGCCCGGCCAGCAGAAUGUACGGUGGCACCUAUGAUGCCUUCUCCCUGUCCAGCUCCAGUCAGCUGCCCUCGGGCGACUUUGGGGAAGGGGGCGAGGGCCUCCAGCCAGGGCUCAGCCUGAGCCCCCCCGGGGAGGGCGGCGGCGGUGGGGACCUGCUAGCCCGGGCGCAACCUUCCCCACUCAGCCUCGCCCUCCCUGGCCCAGCCUCAGACUUCUCGGUAGUGCCACCAACUGCGACUGAUUUCCCUGGGGCUGCGCAGCUCCCACCACCGACGGCGGCUCCGCAGCCAUCUCAGCCGCCGCAGCCGCCGCAGCCCGCACAGGCUGAGCCUAGGCGUAAGGGGCGGCGGGGCGGCAAGUGCAGUCCUCGCUGUUUCUGUCCUCGGCCCCACGCCAAGGCCUUCGCCUGCCCGGUGGAGAGCUGCGUCCGCAGCUUCGCCCGCUCGGACGAGCUCAACCGCCACCUGCGCAUCCACACUGGCCACAAGCCUUUCCAGUGCCGGAUUUGCCUGCGUAACUUCAGCCGCAGUGACCACCUCACCACGCACGUGCGCACCCACACGGGUGAGAAGCCUUUCGCCUGCGACGUGUGUGGCCGUCGCUUCGCGCGCAGCGACGAGAAGAAACGUCACGGCAAAGUGCAUCUGAAGCAGAAGGCCCGGGCCGAGGAGAGACUCAAGGGGCUGGGCUUUUACGCUCUGGGCCUCUCCUUUGCUGCCCUCUAA